AUGAAAAGCCUGAAGCUGAAUGUCGAAUCGAAACCCGCAGCCGGACCCCUUGCGAACCAGCAGAACCAAGUUCCAGACCGCCUCAACGGCAGCGAUGCGAGCGAACGCCAGCAAGGCUUUGCCCCAGCGUCGCCGCAGCGCUACCGGUACAUGCACGUCGUGCAACCGGACGCAGGCACGGCCAUCCGCGCCGCCACCAUGAUGCCCCUGCUGCUGGACCGGCCCUUCGGCUGCCCCAUGUGCGGAUGCACCUUCACGACCCAGGCGGCAUUGCGGAAGCACGUCAAAAGACAUUCCCCGUGCCCGAACCCACCGUGCAGCGGUCCCUGUUGCUGCCGCCCCAUCGGCCAGCCUGCCGCGCAUCCUAGUGGAGUGGCGAAGGACGACAAGCCUCUCCUGCCCCACACGUGCUCCCAAUGCGGAAAGUCGUUCCGCACGGCGGGCUACCUGGCCGUGCACCGGCGCGUGCACACGGGCGUGCGCCCCUUCUCGUGCUCGUGCGGCAAGGCGUUCGUGCGGCGCUGCAACCUGCGCGCGCACCUCGUGUCGCACACGCGCGAGCGGCCGCACGCCUGCCUGCGCCCGGACUGCGGCCAGCGCUUCCAGUUCCGGAAGCAGCUGGAGCGGCACCGCUUACAGUGCGUCGCAGCAGUAUCACAGCAUUAG